CGUCCCUGGCCUGUUUUAAGGAUUUGAGCCUCAGCAUUACUGCCUUUACAUACGAUAUUCGGUUAUUUGUCAGCAGCCAGCCAUGAAAGCACUCACUUUAACCACCGUCGCCCUCUGGUGUGCGAACACGGCCACGGCUGCUCCAACUCGGGUGUUGGCUGCUCCACCGGCUGAAUUCACACCCAACACGAGAGUAGGCCCAGGAGGUAGCAGAUACAAAGACUCACCACAUUUUCGGGUUUAUGAUGCAGCGAGCGACACUAUUUCAAACAAUGCUCUGCAAACUCUGGAAUCGGCCUACGAUUGCUUCGUAACCACUCUAGGAUGGCGAUCCCCCGGCCUAUCAUUCAACCAAGAUAACGAUGAUGGGCCAUGGUAUAAGAUGAACGUCUACAACGUCGCCAGCCUAGGGCCCAACACAGCCGCCAACACCGGAACGGACGCCGCCACCGGGCUGAGCUUCCUGAACAUCGUAACGGAGUGGAUGAACACCCCCGGCGUCACCGUCCACGAGUUCGGCCACGGCCUAACCUACGCGGAGCGAUACUGGGUCGACCAGGGGCGCACGGGCGCAUGGUGGGAGCCCGUCGCGCAAUUCGUCGCCGACACCUUCAUCACCUCGUCCUACUGCGCCGACUCCCGAGCAAAAUACAGCCAGCCGACGGGCGACACCAUCAUGAACCUGAACAAGGUGAUCAGCGACUCGUACCAGGUGAUCGUCGACGGGACCAGCGGGUCGGGCAACUACUACGACUCCUGGCCGUUCCUCGCGUACCUCGCGAGCAACCCGGACGCCUACGCCGGCCUCGGGAUGGCGAGCUUCCCGAACGUCUGGCGCAAGUACCGGCGCGGCAGCAACGAGACGCCGCUGCACGUCAUCGACCAGCUCGCGGCGCCGGGCGCGAAGGUGCAGAGUGUUGUGGGGCGCUACUGGGCGCGCAUGGCGUACGUCGACAUCGGGCACCCGAAGGCGAGGGCGCUGUACGAGCGCGAGAAGAGGGGGUACAAUUACGCGAACUGGGAUUCUCUGGGCAGCGGGAAGUACCGCGUCAAGAGCGCGCGGCAGCCGCGGUACAUGGGGGCGAAUAUCGUGCCGCUUAAGGCGACGGGGAGCGCGGUGGGUGUGGCGGUUACGGCUGCGGCGCCGUUCACGGCUACGUUGGCUAUCAAGGCGGCGAGUGGUGGGGCGGUGAGGUAUGUGGAUGCAGUGGAUGGGAAGGCGGAGGCGACGCUGGCGAGUGGGGAGGAGGCGAGCCUGGUGGUGGCUAAUACGCCGGCUACGCUGUAUCUGUAUGAUCCCUUCGCGCUGUCGGGGGAUCCGGCGAAUAGGGGGUUGGAUUAUCAGGUGCAGCUUACGGGUGCGACUGUUUAA